CAGCAUGGGUGGGGCCAUUGCUGUUCAUGUUGGAGUUCAAAAACUGUUGAGUACCUCUUUAGCUGGACUAGCUGUUAUUGAUGUAGUGGAAGGGACGGCGAUGGAAGCAUUGUCUGCUAUGCAGUCUUUUUUGAGAAGCAGACCAUCUUCGUUUCAAUCACUGGAAGAAGGAAUAGAAUGGAGUAUACGAAGUGGCCAGGUCCACAAUGUGGAAUCAGCGCGUAUAUCCAUGGCUGGACAGUUAGUCAGGUGUAGUGGUGACAGUGAAGAUAAAGUAAAUAGUGAGUGUCCAACUUCUCCCCCACUGUCACAUGCCUGUGAUACAAUUAGUGAAGAAUCUGAAGAAACAGUCAAUACAAAAGCUUCGACUGUGGUGUAUGCAGGGAAUAGUCAGGUGGAUACAGGGCAGAAGAGGGCUGAUGAGAGAUUUAUUUGGAGGAUUGACUUGUCCAAGACUGAUCAGUUUUGGGAAGGCUGGUUUAAAGGCAUGUCCAAUUUGUUCUUAUCGUGUCCUGUUCCAAAGCUUCUCAUCUUGGCAGGUGUGGAUCGUCUUGACAAAGAUCUGACGAUUGGUCAAAUGCAAGGUAAAUUUCAGAUGCAAGUAUUACCACGCUGCGGUCAUUGCGUUCACGAG